UUUCGCCCGGUUUUAGCAGGCAAAAUCUCCACGCAUUACUAGCUCGUAAAAUCUCCGUCGUGCUUCAACAAGCAAAUUUGGGAAAUUAUCUACUUGGCAAUCAACGUCAAUGGCUUCUCUAGCUCUCAAGAGACUCGUUUCAUCGAACAUCUUCAAUAGCUCCUUGCGCAUGGUACGCCCAAUGGCCAUCGCUUCGCCGACCUCCAGGCUCUUUAACAGCAACGCCAUGCGUGAGUUCGAUAGCGACGGUGACGAGAGUGAGUUCAGCGAUGAUCGCCGCCGCGUACGCUCACUUUCUCGCCGUGGUGAUGGUUUCUUCUCAGGUAAUGCGUUUGAUCCUUUCUCCCCAGCGAGGAACCUGAGCCAAGUCCUGAACAUGAUGAAUCAAUUCAUGGAGAAUCCAUUUGUGGCUGCAUCGCGUGGCAUUGGAGGGGGUCUACGCCGAAGCUGGAACGCUAAGGAAACGGAAGACGCCUUGAACCUUCGAAUUGACAUGCCAGGGCUCGGGAAAGAGGAUGUCAAAGUGUCCGUGGAACAGAACACACUGGUCAUCGAAGGCGAGGCCAAAGAAUCUAACGAGGGGGAAACCGACGGGAGAUACACCAGCAGGAUCCUUUUGCCCGAGAAAAUUUACAAGACCGAUCAGAUCGUGGCUGAGAUGAAGAACGGUGUGCUCAAAGUUGUGGUUCCUAAGAUCAAUGAUGAGGAGAGGAAUGAUGUGAUUCAGGUUCAAAUCAACUGAUGCGCUCUUUGCUUGCAGAAGAGGCUGGGUGGUUUUUCUUUGUUUAGGGGCUUAGGGCUUUCCUAGGUUUUGGGAGGUACUAUGUUUGUACAAGAAAAUACAAUUUGAAAAGGUGUUGAUUUAGAACAUUUCUUUUGA